UCAGCUGCCUCUGGGAGUUUUCUCGUCCCGGGCGUGUGGCUUUCUUGACUUUGGAAUCUCCCGACGUUCGAUUGGAACGCGGUGUUGGUGGCUGCGGAAAAUGAUACAUUCAGGCGGAGCUGCCUCUUAACCUGGAGCGUCCAGACCUCCUGCCAGGCGCUGCUCUCUCCCUGACCACCCCGCAGUCAAGAGUCAAGACUUUCUCCUUUUGUUUUUUUUUUCGCAACCUCUUUCAAUCGCUUUCCUUGUCAGCAUUCGCCAUGCUACUGAUCCCUUGCCUUAGGAGAGUUCUGCGACCUUCCCGGACUCUGGCGUCCAGACUGGGCUCCGGGAGGAGAAGUGAAAGGUUCCACCCCCUUGCUCCUUCGCUCCUCUCCUGUCGGAGCAGCGCUGCUUCCCCGCGGCUCUACGGCACCCAUUCGGCCAAGGAGCCGGUGGAGCCGCUGAACACGGUUCAGGGAGCCCGGGACUUCGUGUACAGCCUGCACUCGAAGGAGAGGAAGAGUCUGCUGCAGGAGCUCCAGAGGUUCGAGUCCAUGGCAAUAGCACAAGCAUCCCCUGGACACCGCUACCCCAGAGCCCAGAUUCCCAUAAGCAGGAAGUGGAGAGAACAGGCUGCAGCGGGUGAUGCAGAAGAAAUGGAAGUUAAGCCUCCAUCAUCGGCACAGCGCAGAUAUGUGUUUCUUCACAGUGCAAUACCUUUUGUUGGAUUUGGUUUCCUGGACAAUGCUAUAAUGAUUGUUGCAGGGACGCAGAUUGAGUUAUCCAUUGGAGUUAUUUUUGGCAUUUCUACUAUGGCCGCGGCAGCACUUGGCAACCUUGUGUCUGAUGUGGCUGGCCUGGGACUUGCAGGGUAUGUGGAGGCUCUUGCAUCAAGACUGGGUCUACCAAGUCCUGAUCUGAACCCAAAACAAGCCGACAUGUGGCAAACUCGACUUAGCUCGCAGCUGGGCAAGGUUAUAGGUGUGACCAUUGGUUGCAUCCUAGGAAUGUUUCCACUAAUUUUCUUCAAAACUGAAGAAGAAGAAAAGCUAGAGGAAAGCAAGAACUAAAGUUGUGUGCCAGUUGACAAACUAUUUAACCGGUGUUGAAUCUGAUAUUUGCAUUGUGAAGGUUCCUGGAAAAAUAACUGCAGCCUUUUGAUGGACGCAAGUGCAGUGUCAUCUGGGAUGUGGUGGACUAUUGACACUAAGAAAUCAAUACUUACAAAUAUAUUUUUCAUGAACUCAGUAUGGUGAAACUUGUCUAUUGACCCCUUAAUCCAAAUUUGGGGAAAAGAUACAGCCACGUGCACACACACUAAAAGUACGAUUAAGUGGUCUUUAAGAUCAGUUUCACUGCAUGUCAGACUGCCUUGUUUUCCUUGAUCCAUUAUAUUGUGUUUGAAAAUAAAUUAAUUUUGUCAAGUUGUGAAAGCUAACAUUUUUAUCUAAGUAUGUAAUUGUAGAACCAAUCAUACAAGUUGUGAUACUAAAUUAUGGAAAAUGUAAUAACUGAAUUAACUGAAGGAUUAUUUAACAUUUUGUGUUGAAAAGCUGCCUCGAAUUCAGUUUAUGCAGUCUUAUGAUUUGGCACUAACCCAGUGUACAUUUUCUUUUAAGUGUGACUAAAGCUGUAAUUGUGUUCACACAAUGGUUAGUACCAUUCAAUUUUUUGUGCACUUGAUCUUUAUAUUUGAAACACAAAUCACUCAUAAAUGGUAACAAAUAGUAACAAUUGCAGCUUAUGAGCAUUGUCCUGUUAAGUUAAAAGACUUACUAAUGGUACUUAGAAUAAACACUCCAGUCUCUCUUUGGAUGUAAUUGUAGGAUCUAAAUUGCAUUGUAUUUAUUCAGAGAUAAAGUGAAUGGAAACGUAAAAUAUUUUGUUACAACAAAUAUCUUUUAUCUUUGUUUAUAUGUUCCAUCUUAUAAUGACCGAGUUUUAGUGAUUGCAAGUUGAGGUUCCCGUGUCCUUAUUUUCAAUAGUAGCUUGGCUGGUCUUGAGAUUUUAUCAAGGCUAGCACAGCACCAAGAAAUAAAAGUGGACAUCUUUGGGAAAGAUGUGAUGUUUCUGUAAUUGUGAGCUGAUCCAAAUUGUUUUCCUGAAGCCCAUGACAGUUCAGUGAGUAAAGAUGACUUAAUUCUUACAUUGCAGUGACCUGGCUCAGGGCAGUUGAUAACGUAGACUCGAAUAGAAUGCUUGCAAUGAUUUGACAUGAUACCCGAAAUAAUAACCAAAACAAAAAUAUUGCAGGUGCUGAAAAAUCUGAAAUAAGAACAGAUAAUGCUGGAAAGCAUGCAGUAGUUCAGACAGCAUCAGUGGAGAGAGAAACAGUUAACAUUUCAGGUGACUUUUCAUAAAGCAAAAUAAUAUACCUAACAAAAAGUGGAUCCAAAUGAUUACAAACAGGUUGAGCUGUUUGUUACAAAUUUGCUAUAAACCAGAAUGCAAAUAUGGUACGAGUUGUACCUUUUACAGAUAUUUGCCAAUAAGAUAUUCUAUAUGGUCACUAAAUCCCAUUUGCUAAAGAACAUUUUCACACUCAAUACAGGACCAGAAGAAUGGAUGAUAAAGGCUGUGAGUAGUGGUUUCAAGUCCCAAUUACACAAAAAUGCCAGAUAAUGACCAAUCUGGUGCUUAAUGGUUCUGAAAUGAUCACUUCCAAAUGUUAGAUGACACUAAUUUUAUGAUUAUGUACAGCAGAUUAAAUAAAUCAUUUAACAUUACUUAAUAGAUUAAUUUAGUAGAAUGUUGCUGCCAUUGGCCAACAGUGCUGUUUAUUUUCAUACUCAGAAUAGCGGCCUGCCUAUCGAGUACAAAAUCUGUAAGAAAUAGGAAACAUAAUUGUUAAUUUUAAUCCCUAGACUACAAGAUAUGAUCUGCAUAAUUGAAAGUUCAGCAGUUAGAAUGAAGGACCAGGACUUGCAGCUUCACAAGUGUUGGAUUUUUGGAAUUCAACAGCUGGCCUUUUUGUGUUUCGAGACUCAUUUUUACCUGACAAAAGUUGAAAAGCCUUCAGAUAAUAAACUAAUGCAUGUAACUGAGAGGUAGUUUAGAAGAAUGAAUGUAUUUACUAGGUAAUGUAGAUAGUUUUAAUAUUGAAGCCUUGUGCAUAGCCCCAAUAGAGUGGAAAACGUGUCCAUAGUUGUGGUUACUCUUGAGCCAGAUUUGCUAUAUAUAAACACCUAAAAUGUAGAUUUAAAAAAAAGAGAAUCCUAAAAUAUUGAUUGCCUAACGAUUCUUCAAAUCACAUGUUAAUCGCCAUUUUUUUCACAUUUGCACUUUUAAAAGCACAAGACUCUAACUUGAUGUAUAUCAAUAAGAAAUUAGUUAAUCUCUUCAGAUCUCAAAAUAAUGCAAAGGGACCAAUAAUAAGAAUUAAGUCUUUAAACUAAAGUUAGCUGUGUAAUGUUUUAUUAUUGGUGCAAGUGAAUUAAAUCUAAUGCUCUUCUGAGAUUUGGUGUGAUAGUUUGAACCAUGGAUGGGAUUUUUAGCUUUCCAUUAACUAAAGAAGUGUAGUUAGAAAUAUUAAAUAUAGAAGACCAAUACAUUCUCAGUAAUCACUUUGAUUAACCUGUUUAGAAUCAAGCUUAUACAGUCUGAGUAUUUUUUUGCUAAUGGGAGCUUUUAUGUCUUGACAUCAGCAGAAGGGAAUCGUAGAGAAAAGGCUGUUUUUUUUUAUAAUUCACACAUGAGCAGCCUUGUUGCACAUGAUAUGCAGCACUAAUCUCCCAGGUUGAAACUAGAUUGAAAGCCAAGAUUAUCUAACUAACUUGGUUGAAUUUUCAAAUGAACUUGGUGAAACGAUUCUUUGGCUCAGAAGAGCAUUGAAUUACACACUUUCUGUUAACAAGUUGGCAUAUAACCUGGGAGGGAAAAUCAAAAAUAAGAGUCAAAUCCUCAGGGGAAAAUAAAAAUCACAUUUUGAGUAGACCCGGGUAACUUGUUGAAUGCUGGUCAGGGCUAUUAGUAAAGGUUUACCCGAGAACGUCCAGGCUAAGGUUUUCAAUUGCUACCUUCAAUAUUACAAUGAUCAACUAAUCCAUGUUUUUAAUCAAAUUAACUUUGUGUUUGUUUAUGCAAGUGUUCUUGUGUUGUGAAUAAUAGGAUAGUACAAUGCAUGUAGUUUUCAAUGUAAUAUUUGUUAAAGCUGGAACCAAUAUUAAUAUUUUGUGAUGUUUAAAUAAAUGUGGGAGGAAACUGUUUCAUUUAGGAUUA